CCUUGAGCUGCUGGGUGAAAUGAUGCUUUGCUGCUCCAGGAGAGAAGGUGUUUGGGCUGGCUCACAGAAGGUGCCAUGUGGGGGGUCUUGGCACGUGUUUUGGGUCCUGCUGCCUCCUCAUGAUGGGCAGACCCAGCCUAGCAGCCAGUAACCCUCCAUUUGGCCUCAUCAGUGCUGGCACCAUGCCAUCCACAUUUCCUGGCCUCCUGUCGUGCCCCGUGCCUGUCAGUUCCUGCAGUGAUGGCUUUGAUGGGUGCCUGCAGAUGUCCCCAGACAGAAGUUGUUGCCAUACUGGGAAGAGAAGCAGCCCCAGGGAUGCGGCAUCUCUGUGAAGGAACACCAAGAUGAGGGAGACAAUCGUCACAGCCAAGUGUGGGGGUUGUGUGCUGUGUAGGGGCAGCAGGAUGGGGUGUCUGGAGAGAUCUGGUGCCAUCCGCUAUCCAUGCUGCUCAGAGGCUGGGUAAGGAGUCUGGAGCUUUGCAGUGCAAGGGGGGCUGCCUUCGAGAUGACAGUGCAGGGCCGUGAGGCUCAGGCCGUGCUGCUCUGUUUGCAUCAUCUAAAGCACAGGCAGGCACAGCAUGUCAUUGUCCCCAGAUCAAAGCCUGUCCUUGCCCCAGGGCAAUGUGGGGAUGCACUGGCCAGGAGCUCCCAACAGCCUCUCCAGCUCGAUGGCCUCAAAGCAGCACUAGUAUCUGUCACGAAGAUUGCAGAUGGGUAUGGACACGGUGCACUGCUCUAGAGGUGUUCCUGAAACAAGGCCCAGCAGCUUCCUGUCUCUCCAUCGCGCAGAUUUUUGUAUUGGCCACCUGUAUGCCAGCCACUUACUGGAGCCUGAACCACAUCCAGGGCUGGCAGAGGCAGAUCAAAGUAUUUAUGCUGUUCAAAAUAGAUGACACAGUUUCAGGCAGGUUUCACGAAGACUUAGAUGUGCAGAAACAGAGAGCAUAUGUGCACCUCGCGCUUUCCUUAGCACUAAAGGCUUCUCUCCCGCUGCCUGGCAGCUAUUUCUCAGCUCCACUCGCAGCCCCCUCAUCCUCUGGUUGCUUUUGUGGAAGAGGUGCUGUGCUGGAGACCCGGCUUCCUUUUAUAGCCCUGAAUGUGACUCUGAGGUCGCUCGGCUCCAUUCCUCCCCCGCGCACUUUGUUAUUAGCAAUGGCCCAGCAGGAGGCAAUGAGGUUUUUUCCCCCUUGCCUUUCUGCAGAUGGAUAACACCCUGCCUGCUGUCCUGGGAGCCCUGCAGAUUGAGCCAGAGGACUCACAGUGUUCCCAUAUUGUCAUCAGCCCUGAGGAGUGGCUUAGAAUACUCGAAGGCAGUGAGAGCCUGUGGAGUCCCAGCUCCUCUGUGACCCCCCUUCUGCGGCCCAAAUUGCUGUCAGUGGGGCUGUGCGGGGGCUGCUACGGGCACAGCAAUGAGCUGUUUUUUAUUGGCGGGUUGUUUUAAUCUCAGUGGUUUCCAGAGCAGUUUGUUGGUGGCCACAUGAAAUUGCUGUAGUGUUGUGAUGUGUGGAGGGGACUGAGGGGAUGAGGAGAGUGGAGAGAGUGAGCUGUGAAAGGACUAACUGGAGACAAGAGCAUCUCUGCCCAGGGAAUGGGGCAUCCCUGGCCACUGAAGUGUCCCAGGCAGGGAUGAGCCCUUGGGCCUUAUGUGAACUGUCAUCCCAGAGAGAUGUGCUUAAGGCAGCACAGCCUGCAGUGCAGAGAUGGUAGCAGGAAAUGGGCCAGAGGGGUAUUGCUGUGACUAGCACCCACUGAAGUCAACCUGGCAUCACUGAAACUUGCCUAGGCUGAGGCCCCAGCAGGAUACUAACACUGCCUGCCACUACAGGCAUAUACCUAUCUCCUCUAGCUGCUAGGGGUGCACCGUUUGUAGCUGAGCUACAGGAAGAGGGCUGGGGCAUUGCAGAUGCCAGCAGGAUGGGGAACAGUACCAUUGCACAGGACCCCCUGUUCAAGGCCACGUGUGCUGCUGCUUGCUAUGCAGCUUGGCAGUGAAAAAGAGCUGCAGGGAGCAAGGAGAGUGAGGAUGCAGGGAGCAGUUUCAUGCCUUGGCACUGCACCGAGAAUAAUGUGAGCAUGUGAGCCCGGCAAACAGGGACUGGGGACAGUGUGUGUGUGUGGGUGAGCACUGGCAGCACAGCUUGAGGACUCUGGUGUGUGGUGGGGGAUCUGGCAGCAAGUGGGGCCCUGUUGUGUGAGCAUGUCGGAUGUAUGCAUCCCCAAGCCCUGUCUAGGGAUGGUGCAGGUGCGAUCCCUCCCCAGGGAGGGGUGGGCACUGAGCAUAGGCUGCCGUGGGGAUGGAGCAGGGCUGCUGCAGGUGUCCUGCAGCCUGUGGAGGCCGAGACACUAGGUGACCUGCUCCCAGAGCCUGGCAUGCUGCAGGGGUAGCAAGUGACAAAACCAGUUCCAGGCCAGGACCGAUUCACAAGGAUGAAGCAUGUUGUGUUUCACUGGAAGGUGGUAGCCCUAAGUGGAUUCUCUGUGGCAUGGCUCGCAGGCUGAGCUGUGCAGCACAGGUCACCCUGUCCCGUCCUGCUUAUCCACAGGUUCUGUAGUUAGCGGGGGAAACGGAGUAGCUCUGGAAGAGGAGGGUGCAGACUAAACAAAUGUCCCCACAGACCUCUCCCCUCUGCAGGGAGCCGACGAAGAUGAACAAAAUGCUUCUCUCCUACCACGGCGGACCAGGGCGCGCCGGCUGCUCUGACCCGCACUUGGCCGACGGCUGCAGCCGAGAGGUUUGCAGCCGGGGAACCUCCCGCACCUGCGGGUUUGCACAAGGGCUACCCGGCGCAGCCCGCAAGCCAGCCCGCCCGCUCCGGGCACCGCCCUGUCCUGCCCCGCCCCACCGGUGGGUACGACCUGCCCGGCCCCCUUUCUCUUCCUCCUCCCUCCCGCCCUUCCCCUCCCUACCGUGCCGCCGCCGCCCGCCCCCGCGCCGCGAUUUGCCGGUGCCGGCUCCGCCCGUUGCCCGCGCGGUCGCGACCGAGGGGCGCGUUCAAACACGGCGAGGGAAGCAGCGCGGAGAGGAGCUGAGCAGGGUAGCAGCGCCGCCGGCAUGUGCUGGUACCGGGCUUUUCUCUAAUUCUCCAUGGCAGCAGCACAGGGCCCUGUGACCUGUGAGCCUGACACCCGUGUCCUCAGUACCUACCUCUCCUCAGAGCCUGUUGUCGGCAGCAUGGGCAGCGUGGGCAGCCUGGUGGAGAAGCAGGAUCUGUCCCCCCUGGAGCUGCGGGCCCAGCUAGGGGGCUCACGGGGGUUUCGACAGCCCGAUGGCUUGCUGCGGAAGGGGCCGAGCCAGCGGGAGCUCUUCGGCUACCUGCAUGGGCCCAAGAAGGAGAUGCGGACAGAGCGGAAGCACCAGACGUCGAGUGCCUGCUACAAGCGGGACUACGAGAGCGACCGUGAGAACCGGUCCCCUGAGCGCUGCUCCCGUGACCAUCACCGUGGGGCUGACUUCAGCAAGAGCUCCCUGCCCGAGAGGGGCCGCUUUGACAAGUGCCGUAUCAGGCCCUCGGCAUUCAAGGCGGUGGCUGGAAAGGGACUAGUCUCCAUGCAGGGCCUGUCCUCGUCCAAAGGGCAGAAGCUAUCCAAGAGCAACGGGAGUCUGCACACGCUGCUGUCACAGAGCAGCACGGCAGCCUCGCAGCAUGGUCCACUCCGCACCCAUCUGCUCCAUGCCAUCAGCCUUGAUGAGGCCUCUGACUCUAGCCACAAUUCCAUCCAGAGCUUCCCUUCCUAUGGCUCCCGCCUCAAGCCUGCCCAGAGCCAGUUCAGUGCUUCCAUGGGCCACAUUAACCAUAUUGGGGGCUCCUUGGAUAGGGCUUCCCGGAGCCCCAAGGACCCCUUGGCCCCUGAGAAAGUGCCCUUGUCCUGCAAAAGCAUGGCCACACUGAGCCGGCUGCAGAGCCCCGGGGAGCCCCCACCACCCUAUGAGUUCACUUACUCACUGGAGAAUGCGGUGAAGCAGCUGGAGGAUCGGCUGCAGGAAACAGGAGGAGAGCUGCGGCAGCUCAAGAGGAGCCUUAGUGAGACUGAAGACCCCUUCACGCAGGUGUUUGAGGACAAGCAGCGACUGUGGCUGGAUGAACUGGAGGAUCUGAAGCAGAUGUACAUGGCCCGGCUGCAACAGGUGACCCAGCAGGCACAGCGUGGGCAGCGGGCACUGCAGCUGCAGCUCUACAAGGCACAGCAGGAGAAGAAGCGGCUGCAGGAGGAGCUGAACAUGCAGCAGUGCCAGUGUGAGGAGUCCAAACUCCGACAGUCCCAGGGUGAGCGUGUCAGCCCCAAGCUGGAGGAAACCAAGUGGGAGGUGUGCCAGAAGGCAGCAGAGAUUUCCCUGCUGAAGCAGCAGCUGCGAGACACCCAGGAGGAGAUGGCUCAGAAGCUUAGCGAAAUCUUCAGCCUGAAGACACAGCUGCGUGAGGCCAAGGCGGAGGUCCAGGCCAGGGAUACCCAGCUGGCACAACUAGCAGACUCCUUUCAGAGUCCCCCGGAACCUGGCACCUCACUGCCGCUGAGUGAUGACCCCAUGCCAGCAUGCCAGGACUUCCCUGGCUGCGAAACUGAUGACUCCAAAUGCCGGGGCCUUCACAGCGACACAGCGGAGCCCCUGGAGCGGCAGGUGGAGUGGCUGUGGGCAGAGCUGCUGCGGGAGCGGCGCCAGGGCCAGCUGCAGGCUGUGAACUUUGAGCUGGAGAGGAAAACCUGGCAGGAGGAGAAGGAGAAGGUACUGCGGUACCAGCGGGAGCUGCAGGCCAGCUACAUGGAGAUGUACCACCGGAGCCAGGCACUGGAGCGGGAGCUGCGGCAGCUGCGGUCGGAGCCCCGGGACGUCGGGGCCGACUCACCAUGGAUUGAGCGGGUGGAGUCUUCAAAGAUCUGAGUGGUGGGAUGCCAGCAGAACUGUGAAGGGGGACGGUCUCUUGCUGCUGCAACAGAACGAUCUCAGGGUCUGCACAAGAACUGGCUGCUCAGUGCUGCCCCGAGUAGGACUGAUUGCGACAAGGGAGCUUCUCCUUUUUGCAGUGCUUCACACCCUUCAGGGGGUAUCUCUAGAGAAGAGGGUGGGGGUCAUCUGUGCCAGGGUGGGGGUCUUGCAUGUGCCCCGUGCUCUGACUCCAGGAGCAUUUGCCCUGCGAUUCCUUCUGCUGUGUGAGCAGAAACUAAGCACCCUGUGAGACAUUCUCUGUCCCUCCUCUGCCACCUAUUCCCUACCAUCCUAUAACUUAAUGUCCUGUAAGGAGAGGCUUGAGCCCUAUCCCCAGCCCUGCUCCCUUGCUGUGGGGGUUCCAGCUGCUGCUCACAGCAGUUGCCCUAUCAGCAGGAUAAUAGAAGCAGGGAGAUGGUGAUUCCCUGGGCCUGUACUGGUCAGUGUUGGUGUCACUGGGAAAGUAGAGGAGGAAAGCCUGCUAUGUGCUGGUACUGCUGGGAGGUGGGAGCAGCUGUUCCAGAAGCUUUUGGGGCUUUACAUGUCGCUAAGUGUAAGGGCUGCUCUGCAGCCUUCCAGUACAGAACCCUUGAACUUCUUGAGUGAGUGCCUUGUGCAAGAAGGGAUGAGAACCUGGUGCUUUGAUGCACUGGGAGACCUUUGGGGAGGGAUGGGGAAGAGGAGGGGGUAGCCCCACAUCACCCCUCCCUGGGUGGGUGAGAGGUAGCUGAAGAGCUGGGCCAGUGCUGGGGGAAACUUAGUCGAGAAGCACUGGAAGGGACCAUGCUCCUUGCCUGAAAUAGUGGAGCCGUGUGAAGGUUGGGCUUGGCCCAGCUCUCCUUUGCCUUUCCUGCAAUAAACUCCAAUUUCAUUGC